AUGCGAACACUCGGGACCUUGGCAGGUCUGUGGACAACGCUAUUCCUUGUUCUUGUGACGCACGCUAUCGAGUUGGACAUCGACGAUGAACAAUCUAUCAAAGAGGCCGCGUCCAAAGCGACUUGGGGAGCAAUGACAUAUUAUCACGGCAAUGAAUCCGGUAGUAUCCCAGGAAACAUUCCACAGAAAUGGUACGAGGGCGGUGCUUUGUUCUUGACAACAAUCAAUUACUGGUAUUUCACAAACGACUCACAGUAUAACGACGUAACAAAAGUUGGACUCGAGUUUCAGGGUGAGCCUGGGGACUUUUACCCAACCAACUGGACUACGUGGAUUGGGAAUGAUGAUCAGCUGUUCUGGAGUUUCGCCGCUAUGACUGCUGCUGAGAUGAACUUCCCCGAAACCGGACAAUACUCAUGGCUUAGCCUCGCCCAGGGCGUUUUCAACGCCCAGACCGCUGCUCCCACCCCCCAAAACACCGGGUGGGAUCCGAAUACCUGCGGUGGUGGCGUGCACUGGCAAAAAUAUAUAGAAAAACCUGGAUAUGACUUGAAGAACGCCAUCUCCAAUGGAGGGCUAUUCCAGCUGUCUGCGCGCCUUUACCGGUACACGAACAGAAGCGUCUAUGCCGAAUGGGCUGAGAAGAUCUGGGACUGGUCUGUGGCUCAUGACUUGGUAAAUAACGUCACUUGGGAGGUGAACGAUGGGGUAUCUACAAACGACGACUGCCAAACUCCGGACCCACCCCAGUGGACAUACAAUUAUGGCACCUUCCUUAUGGGAGCGGCUUAUAUGUAUAACAAUACCUCAGGAGCUGACCAAGAGCGCUGGCUUAAUAACGUCUACGGGCUUGCAAAUGCCACCCUUGAUAAAUUUUUUCUAAAGAAAAACGGGUAUAUCUUAGAGGAGCUGGGUUGCGAUCCUUUCCCAGUAUGCACGGACAGCAACGAGCUUUUGUUCAAAGGCCCUACCUCUUUGUGGCUAGGAUGGACUGCCAUUUUGGUUCCUCAAAUAUACGAGCAAAUUAUGCCAAAGCUGCAAUAUUCGGCCCAAGGGGCUGCAGCAUCCUGUAUAGGAGGCAGAGGGGAUGAAUGUGGUGGUAGCUGGUAUAUGAAGAAGUUCGAUAACAAGGCAGGGUUAGAGCCCCAGAUGACUGCGAGUAAUAUCUUCUCUAUCAACUUGAUUCCUUUCAGUCACGCCAAGAAAAGCAAAGGACCAUUGACAGCGUCGACUGGUGGCACGAGUAAGGGCAACUUCAAUGCAGGCAAAAACGAUCCUAACAAGGGACAUGCUCUACCACCGAUCACGACAGGAGAUCGAGUAGGUGCGGGGAUCCUGACCGCAGUUAUGAUUGCUACUUUGAUUGGUACUUUAGCCUGGAUGCUUGUCGGAGAAGAUCAUCCAGGCAAG